GGCAUAGCCUAUCGCGGCUUUACCGAAAACGGAAGGAUAUCUAUAAUCCCUGUCGAUGUUCCCCGUACAUCCCCGUACGUCCUGCAGCACAGGCGCAGUAUACGGGAUGCCAGAGCACAAACAGGAAGGUUGCAUUGCUGAUCGAGCACGCGAUGAGUCGCGCUCAUUAGAGAUAAGCUGCACUAGGUAGGUAGUUUCUCAGGCACAUAAUAUAAAGCUGGGAGGUCCGUGGUCAAUAGAUUUCGUUGUGGCUUUUUCUACCACACUCUCCUUGGCUCUUAUAGGUGUUCGGGACUGUUGCCAAGAUGAAGUUUCUCACAGCAGCCGCCCAGCUAUUGCUGGCGACCAGCGCCUCUGCCAAGUAUAUGAGGAAUACUGCUGGUAUGCAAGUUGGCCCCGUUGACGAAGACACCAUCCUCGAUUUCGGUAACGGCACUGUGGGUUGGGGUACCUUCGACCAGUUAAUCGAUCAUUCGAACCCCGAUCUAGGUACAUUCGAGCAGAGAUAUUGGUACGGCGCACAGUACUGGAAAGGACCCGGUUCGCCGAUCAUUUUCGUUAACCCCGGCGAACAAGCUGCCGACGGUUUCAAUGUGUCCUACACUACCGCCCAGCGCCUGACAGGGCUUUUCGCACAAAAGCUCGGUGGAGCGGUUGUCAUUAUGGAGCACAGAUAUUGGGGUGAAUCAUCACCAUACGACGAAUUGACCGUUGAGAACCUACAAUAUUUGACUCUCGAGAACUCCAUCAAGGACAACACCUACUUUGCCAACAAUUUCGAUGCGCCAUUUGACAAGACUGGAAAGAGCAGUGCGAAAGAUGCUCCUUGGAUUUACACAGGCGGUUCCUACCCGGGUGCUUUAGCCGGAUGGAUCGCGACCAAGGAUCCUGGUACUUUCUGGGCUUACUACGGCACUAGCGGUGUUGUCGAAGCCAUCAGUGACUUCUGGCAAUACUUCGUCCCCGUCCAAGAGGCAACGCCCAAGAACUGCAGCGCGGAUUUAUCCAAAGUCAUUGACUAUGUUGACAAUGUUCUUACCAACGGAACGCCUAGAGAGGCAGCUAGACUAAAGGCAAGAUUCAAGCUUGACGGCUUGGAGGACGCCGAUUUCGCUACUGCUCUCGCGAAUGGCCCAUGGUCUUGGCAGUCUGGUCAAUUCUACUCUGCGAGCCUCACCGGCCACACUCCUUACUACCAAUUCUGCGACUACAUUGAGAACGCCUGGCCGAACGCCACCACUUCCGUACCCGGUCCAGAGGGAGUUGGUUUGGCUCGUGCUCUACACGGUUACGUGAAGUGGUUCACAGAAGUUGAACUACCCGGAUACUGCGAGAGCUUCGGAUACUUCAACGGAACCUAUAACACCGAAUGCUUCCAGUCGCUUAACGCUUCCAACCCGAUUUACCACGACCUCGCCCCGAGCAACGCCGGUAACCGACAAUGGAACUGGAUGCUAUGUAACGAACCGUUUGAGUAUUGGCAGGACGGCGCCCCGGCAGAUCGCCCCACUAUCGUCUCCCGCCUCAUUGACGUAGACUACUGGCGAUCGCAAUGCUACCUUUGGUUCCCCGAGCAAAACUUCGGCAUCGCAAACGGAAAGUCUGCGUCGGACGUGAACACGUACACUGGUGGUUGGUCUGAGACAAACACAACACGUCUAAUGAUGACCAAUGGUCAAUGGGACCCUUGGCGCGAUUCGACCCUAAGUUCGACCUUCCGACCUGGUGGCCCGAAGAACAGCACCACCGACUUCCCGAUACGCGUAGUCGAACACGGCACCCAUUGCUCUGAUUUGUACGGCCAGAAUUGGGCCGUCAACCCCGGCGUCAAAGCUAUUGCCGACGCACAAGUUGCCAAUAUGGCAGCUUGGGUGCAAGAGUUCUAUGACCAGAAGAAGUAGGUCAAAAAAAAUACUUAUACCAUAGUUAGAGUCGGCCAUAAAAGGCUCAGUUUUACCGCAUUUAAUUUACGAAGAUUUAUAAACUAAAGCUAACUGUAUCUACUUCCAUUGCUCUAGAUUUGUGCUUGAACCUCUCAGUG